UUUCUUCUGAAUUAUUUUGUUCGGAAACUCGGAAAUCGUAAUUUUGGUGCAAAUCUUAUUUCAUUCUGCAAUUUGAUAUUAUCUAUAAAGUAAUAUUAGUCAGUUUUAAAGACAUUAAGCAAGUGGAAUAAUGAGAAAAAAGCGAAAUACUUCUUAAUGAGCCCAGGUAGGUAAUAAGCAUUAAUGUGCAAAGUUAUCCUCAAGUUACCCCUAACCUCAUGUAUGCUGUGUGGCUUUUAUGAAUGAUGUUUGUUAAAGUACGUCCAUGCAUGGAUUUUUUUAGAAAACGUGAUUAUUCCUGAUGAUUUUCAUUGUUAUUUAAUUAUUAAAAUUUUUAAUUCUGCUAAAAAAUACCGGGACAAUUGACAAAUAAAUGAAUUAACGAAUAAGAGUGAGCCGCUAAAUUAUCAUCAGAUGUCCCUCAAUGUACCCGUAUUCUCUACAAGAACGUGUCUCGAAAGGAGAAGAAUAUUUGUUCAAUUAUUGUGUGAAAAAUGGCUAAAACAUCAAAACGCAAAGCCAAAAUGAACAGAAAGAUCAACGAAAAGAGUAAAGGCAGCAGUACAAACCCAGAUACACAUACCAAGAAAGAUGGUGGACAAAAUGCACGAACAAAGAAUACAGUGUCAAGGCUAAACAUGUACCGUGACGAAGGCAAACCUACUAGAAACAGGCAUGGCAAAAUCAUUAAACCUGCAGCAUUUCAAUCUCGAGCUGUUUCCGGAGAGGUUGCUCGUGUUGAACCAAACAGAAAAUGGUUUGGAAAUACUCGUGUGAUUACCCAGAAUGCUUUGCAAACAUUUCAAGUGGAAAUGGGUAAAAUCUUGAAGGAUCCAUACAAGGUUAUAAUGAAACAAAGCAAGAUGCCGUUGUCACUCUUACAUGACAGAGCAAAGACUGCUCGGGUUCAUUUACUGGAUACUGAAAGUUUCAGCACAACGUUUGGCCCUAAAGCUCAGCGAAAACGACCCACAAUCAUGGCAGCUGACGUUGAGGCCCUUGUUUCUCAAGUUGAUGAUUCUAGAGAAAACUACGACUCAAAUAAAGACAUGGAUCUGACGAAGGAUGAACCAGAUUCAACAUCACUUGCCAUAGAGUCAGUUUUCAGCAAAGGACAAUCGAAGCGAAUAUGGAAUGAAUUAUAUAAGGUUAUAGAUUCUUCUGACGUCCUUCUGCAGGUUCUGGACGCCAGAGAUCCAGAAGGAACUCGAUGUCGACAGGUGGAGAAAUAUCUUUCAAAGGAAAAACAACAUAAACAUCUUAUUUUUGUUUUGAAUAAGUGCGAUCUUGUUCCGACCUGGGUGACGCAACAAUGGGUUACCAUAUUGUCUUCAGAAUAUCCAACACUUGCUUUCCGUGCCAGUCUAACCAAUCCGUUUGGCAAAGGCGCUCUAAUCAACACUCUACGACAGUUUUCGAAGCUUCAUAGCGACAAGAAAAAUAUAAGUGUUGGUUGCAUUGGCUAUCCAAAUGUCGGCAAAAGUUCGAUCAUCAACGCUCUUCGUUCAAAGAAAGUCUGUAAUGUCGCGCCGAUUGCUGGUGAAACGAAGGUCUGGCAGUACGUCACCUUGAUGCGCAGAAUAUUUCUCAUCGAUUGUCCCGGUGUCGUUUAUCCGGCCGGUGAUUCACCAACCGACAUUGUUCUUAAAGGCGUCGUUCGAGUUGAGAACGUGGAUAAUCCAUCGGAUUACAUCGACGCUCUUUUGUCACGUGUUAAACACGAAUAUUUGACGAAGACUUACAAGAUCACGUCGUGGGCGAAUGUUACAGACUUUCUCGAGAAACUCGCGGCAAAAACAGGCAAAUUACUGAAGGGGGGUGAAGCCGACAUUAAUACAGUUGCGAAGAUGGUGUUGAACGAUUUCCAGCGAGGAAAAUUGCCAUAUUUUGUACCCCCGCCAACACAAACGUCUGUUGAAGAGGAGAAAACGGCAAAAUCUGCACCUGCAUUGAAGAAAAAAAGUUUUGUAAACGUUUCUAACGACUGCGGUGACGUCACAUGUGAUGAUAAUCAACCUAUCGAUGAUAAUGAUGAAAAUCUACAUAUCGAUGAUAAUGAUGAAAAUCUACAUAUCGAUGAUAAUGAUGAAAAUCUACAUAUCGAUGAUAAUGAUGAUAAUCAACAUAUCGAUGAUAAUGAUGAA